AUGUCCCGCCACACUGCUUUCAUGCCAUCUCCUGUCGACAAUGACAAUAACGAUGACAGAUUCAAUUUGGGAGAUGAUGAGACCCCCCAAGGCCGUUUCAAGGUCAAGUGGACGCCAGAGCGAACUGAUUGCCUCGUAGAUUGGUUAGAGCAGAACAUUGAGCAGAGGUGUCUUCUGUUCUUGGAUUCCCAACAAGAUGCUAGCAAGGAGGGUAGGAAGAAGGGUCAGGCAAAGUUCAGCAAGGUUGUCAUUCAUGACAGAGAUACCUCUAUUUGUGCUGCCUUCAAAUCCAAUCCUGCCAAAUUUUCAAAGGCAGUCGAUAACCAUCUUGUCUUGUUGGAAAAAAAAUACCAAAAGUCCUGUGAGACACUGGGACACACUGGGGCUGGUUUAACUUAUGAGCAACUGGAGAGGAACCCCAAUUAUAGGGGGCCAAUUGGUGCAAUAACCGACAAGUUCAAGAUAUUUCAUCGCCUUCAUGGCUUCUGGAGGAAAAUUCCUAACUACAACCCCUUUACAAUGUCUUCAGAUCUAGGCCAGGAUCAUGAAGCACAAGCAUACAAUCUUCUCUUUCCAAAAAAGCAUUGGCAUACUAACCAAGCUUAUCAGCCGGCACACCAGGAGGGCGUGCAGGUCUACAGUGGUGGCCAGGCUUAUCAGCAUAACAAUCAAUCACAGCAAGUCUCUCAGCUCCAUCAGUUAUCCGAUGUUCAAAAUCCUCCAUUCACCGACUCUGGGGCAUUGUCUUCUGCAAUGUCAUCGAUCUUUGGAACUUCACUCCCUUCACUGUCAUCCAUGGACCCAAAUUUCUUUCACACAAACGCUUCAGGGCUUUUCCCUGGUGCCUACCACCAAUCAUUGUCUUCUUUGUUUCAAGCUAAUCAUUUCUUCUCGUCGUUUGAUUCUAUGUUCCCACCUGACACGCAUGAUCAACUCCAGCCCCAACCUCCAAUGUCUCCUUCAUCAGGCCCUCCCAUGUCUUCUUCGUCAGGUCUGCUUAGCAACCAAUCCCCAACUGCGUCAGUUUGCGUUUCCCAGGUUGCUUCCGGUUCUUCCGGUUCACUUGUUACCGGCUCUCCUUCAUCUCAUCCACUUCCCGCCUCACCUGGCAAUCCCACGGUUUCGCCUCCAUCUUCCCCUCUGCCCAAGAAAACUCAGAAAUCUGUAAAGUGUACAUCUGCACCACUAACGGUCAGAGACGCUCUCCGAGCUCAGUUGGCUGCCUUGGGCAAGGAUACUAUCACGGAGUGUCGUGUCACUACAGAUAGGAGAGCCAGCGCAACCAGCUCAACUGGUCCAGCAGAAAUCACUCAGGCAGAGAAAACGGACAAUAAGUCUCGCAAGCGUCAACAAUCCCAACUGGAGGACAGUAUGUCCAUGAUGCAGAAGGUCAUAGAACCUAUUACGCAGUCCAUGCAAGGGAGGAACGAACUUGCGCAGGAGAGACUUGUUGUAAAGGAAGACAAGGUAGCUGCUAAGAAUGCAAAGUACACAGCUAUAGCAGAGCGUGCACGGAGUGACAGGCGGGUAAAGGAUACAGAGUUCCUAGCCUUGGAACACAAGCAAUUCAAGGAGAAGUUUAUGAUGAUCAACGACGCAACAGCAUGA